AUGAUUGGUCAAAGGAUAAUAGCUGUUGCCCUGCUGCCACUUGCUUGUAUAGCCCAGCAAAUACCCAUUGUUGGUAUCCCUACAAGCAACGGGCAGGCUCCGCCUCCAAGAAAGAAUAUCAACGACUUUCACAGUCAAGGCGGUCCAGAAUGGGACCUAUUCAUCUUGGGGUUGGCAUCAUUACAAGAACAGUCCGAAACGGACCCUCUUUCUUACUUUCAGCUGAUGGGUACGCUGGCUCCUUUGACAAGUCACUGGCGGUCGGUAUAUGUGACCGAGUUUGCUAACCCUCUGCGUCUUCUAGGGAUUCAUGGGGCACCAUACAAAUCCUGGAAUGGGGUGGAAGGGGUCAAGGCUGGUGGUUAUGGAGGUUACUGCUGCCACGGUGACGUGUGCUUUGGUCUUUGGCACCGCCCAUUCCUAUCCCUAUACGAGCAAACACUCAACACGCACGUGCAGAGGAUAGCCAGCAACUAUCGAGGACAAAACGCAGCCGCAUACCAGGCGGCCGCCCAAAGAGUAAGGUUUCCGUACUGGGACUGGGCGGUCGACGCCAAGCUGCCGCCGUCCGUCACCAUGAAGACCAUCUCUGUCACCACGCCCCAGGGCAAGCAGACUGUCCGCAACCCGCUGUACAGCUACAAGUUCAGGCGGCCCUUCUCAGAGCUCGGCAUGCCCAACGACAGCAUUGCGGCACGCUUCACCGAGACCAAAAGGGCUCCGCAAGACAACGGCUCGGAGAAUAUCGAUGGCAUCAACGCCGAGCUUGAGCGAUAUGGGGGCACGCUGAGGAGUCAGGUUUACAAUGUCUUCAGUCAGACCAUAACGUUUGAGCAGAUGGCGACAGAUUCAUUCCCCGGAAGCAGUUUCGAGUCGCCGCACAACACAGUACACAAUAUCGCCGGUUCCGGCGGCCAUCUCAUGUGGCUGGACUGGUCGGCUUUCGAUCCAGCCUUCGCUCUGCAUCACUGCAACGUCGACCGGCUCGUCGCCCUGUGGCAGACCAUCAACCAUGAGACGACCGUCUUCAACGGCUCGGUCCGCACAAACGGCCAGUUCGCCACGGCCCCGGGCUCCUUCACCGCCGACUCGCCGCUGAAGCCCUUCUACGCCAGCACGAGGCCGGGUGACUUCCACACCACCCGGACCGUGGCCGACAUCACCAGGCUGGGGUACACGUACCCGGAGCUGCUGCCACCGGCGGGCGAGGCCGUCGCCACGAGGGAGGACCUCGGCCGCCUGGUGAGCAGCAGGGUCAACGCGCUGUACGGCAGCGGCGUGGUGGUCGCGCAGUCCGAGGACGCGCCCACGGGCACCAGCAGGUCCGUCCGGAGGAGGCGGAGCGACGCCGGCGGCGCCGACGGCAUCGGCAUCCCCGACCGCAAGAUGCGCAACGGCAGGGCUCGCAACAAGGACCGCACCGGCGCGCGGAGGGACUACCAGCUGCUGGUCAAGGCCACGCGCGAGCUCCUCGAGCUCCCCUGCCGCAUCCACGUCUUUGUCGGCGACCAGCCCGUCGGCCAGGUGUCACUCAUGGCGUCGCCCACCAGCGGACUGAGCUUCACCGUACUGCCGCUGGCCGAGGUGCUCGCGGAGCGCGGCAUCGACGAUUGGAGCGAGUAUGCCGUGUUACCCAUGCUCGAGAAGGAGCUGAAGGUCGAGGUGCGCAAGUACGACGGUACCAAGAUCUCGGCCAGAUCUGUGCCGGGCCUGGACCUCGAGGUUCAAAGCAGGACUUAUACGCCCAAGAAGAACAACUAUGAAUUCCCCAAGUUCCAUACACCCAAAAAGGUCGCCAUGCCCGUCGCGAUGCUCUAA